AUGAUCGACUCAGACCUAGAUCAGCCAGCAGAUGCAUCUCGUUCAAUGUCCAUCGGCUCGGAAGAUGACACAUCCCCAAGCGUUCUACCCCGCGGCAUCGAGUCUCCUCUGCCAGCAGCACAGGGCGUAGCUCAGACUAUUUUGAGAGGGCUAAAGGACGAAAAUACUAGGUCUCUUCUCAGUUCCAAUGUGUUUUGUCACCUCAAGACCGUGGAGUCUCGCUUCUGGGGGAACGAGAAGUGCAUCCAGGCCAUAGAGGUUGCCAUGCGAGAGAUCUCGCAGUUGGAGAACUCCGUCCACAAUACGUGGAUAUUCAACAUUAAGCUAAUCUGGACCCAAGUAUAUUAUGAGGCGUACCAAUUCGAGGGUUUCCGAAUUCCUUUUGAAAGAAAUUUCAUCCUCUCCCUCCCAGAUCUCCUUCACAACCCACAUGUUCAACUCGACCCAACAAUACGAAUUGUGUAUUACAACGUCCUCUUUCAAGGGUUUUUGGUGGACCCGGACCCCUAUCCUAACAGAGGCGCCAUCGUGGAAUUCCUUUGCCACUCCUGUAUGGAGCUAACGGAAAGCUGGCUAGCCCAGAUUAAGAAUACCCCGGCUGACUUGUUCGCUGCCUUCUUUAUGAUGUCCAUGUCUCUUGAAGCUUGCAACAGUGAACUGUCCUGGAGGAUUGUGGCCCAUGCUUGUACUAUUGCUCGGGCUCUUGGAUAUUUCUCUGUUGAUGCCGACCAACCAACACCCAGUCAGCAGAUUUUGCGGCCAGGCGGUCCCCCUGAUCCUGAAAGUCAGAUUGAGAAGAACAGGAUGCGCUUUGAAUUUUGGCACUUACUACGAACGGACUGCGUAUUCCGCUUGUCCUUUGGUAAACCAGCGCUCAUUGCCGACGGGUCUUGGACGGUAAAUUUUCCGGAUCCGAGUAUCACUGGAGUUGAUCACGCAUCCACCCGGUUCAUACAAAUCCAUUUCUUUGCUUCCAUGCGUCUCACGUUGGUUCUGAUAAAAUAUUUGGACAUGGUCGAUGCGGAACCCGACGUGGACACACCCGAGUACGAUAGGACAAUAGAUGGUCUCAUUGCCGAGGUCCAAACCAUCAUGUCCGACUGGUCGCCGGAGGAACUCCUGACUACGACUACGAACCGCAUGGAUACCUGGUUUUGCGUGGACAUCCUAUUCAGCAGCUACAAAAUGCUCAUCGUUUUCUACCAAGCGAAGAAAUGUAACCAAGAUAGCCAAUUCCUACCAUAUCACACGGUCGACAUUGCACGGAAGAGCCUUCAUAUGUCCCGGUCCCUCAUGUCGUCCUCUACACACCCAUAUUGGGGUAUCAGUCUCAUCCUUCUCCAUCAGUUUGUUCCAUUAUUUAUUGUCUCCAUGAAUAUGAUCGGAUCUCCGGAGUGUGGAAAUGCCGAAGCCGAUCUCGGUCUAGUGUCUUGGUUUAACCAAUUCGUCGAGACGGCGGCCCAGGAGCGAGGGGAGCUCAAACCAUUGAGUAUCAUAAUGAAGGCAAUGGCUAUAGCCUCUCAACACUCGGUGACAGGCUCACAUUGA